AUGGCUGAGGAUGCUAUUGCGCUGAAUGGACUAAAUGGUGACCAUCAUAGGCAGUUUCAUAGGUCCGUGAUACCGAUUCUUAUGUAUGAAAGGGAAGGUAAAAAUCCAAAUAAUCCAAUUGCUGUUAUUUCGGGCAUAGUCACGGUCUCUGGUGGAGGGUUUUGCCACAUAAUAGCAUACAAGGGGUUACUUUUCCCCAAUGAGGCACACAAGUACAGAUAUGAAAUUGUUUUUCCCAAUGAUAUGAGGGUAGACCUUGAACACCUCGGCAUGGAAAGACAUGGCUUUUUGGCUGGUUUCUACUGUCGUGUUCCUGCUGGAACUGUAGAUGCUGUCCACUUUGGUAUUCAAACUACGAGGAACCAAAAACUUAAGAUGUAUGGAUAUCAGGUCGAUGAUGUAUCAGGGCGAUUACAAAAUGAUCUAACUGACGGCCGUGUGACUCAUGUAGAGAAACAAGAUCAAAAAUUGGGACAUGAUUGUACACCUUCCAUUUUUUCUCGAAGUGGAUCACCUGUUUUCAAUCAGCAAAGGCAACUUGUUGGUAUAUCUUAUAAGGAUAUUGGUGUAACUAAGGCCUUGGAUGUUGGGUAUAUAACUGCUACCCUUCCAAAAUUUUGUGGAGGGGAUAACAUGCCUAUGUCAGAUGUCUUAGAACGUAUUAGACUUCUUGGUGAACAAAAAUUUGCUCCACCUGAGGAUAUGGAGCCUUCUCCUUCACCCUGA